CCAUUGCCUAAGCGCGUUCCCGUCGCCGCGAGCGCGCACGACGCUGCUUCUCCGCCGUUGGCUGCCAGCGUUCAGACAUGGCUGCGCUCAGUAAAAUACCGCACAACUGCUACGAGAUCGGCCACACCUGGGACCCGUCCUGCGUGCAGUCUGCAGUGGCCAUAACGAGGGGGGCGUUGGAGGUCUCCUUCAAAGUCUACGCGCCUCUGUAUCUGAUAGCAGCAGUUCUUAGGAGAAAGAAGAAGGACUAUUAUUUCAAAAGGCUUCUUCCUGAGAUCCUGUGGUCCACCUCAUUCCUCACUACCAAUGGGGGUCUCUACAUAGUUUUUUUCUGCAUUUUAAGAAAACUGCUGGGAGGGUUCUACUCGUGGUCUGCAGGGUUCGGUGCUGCACUGCCUGCCUCUUACAUCGCCAUCCUCAUUGAGCGCAAGAGCAGGAGAGGGAUGCUGACGAUUUACAUGGCAAAUCUUGCUACAGAGACUUUGUUUCGAAUGGCAGUAACAAGAGGCAUGAUAAAACCCAUCAAACAUGGAGAGGUGCUUUUAUUUUGCAUAACUGCAUCGCUCUACAUGUUCUUCUUCAGGAGUAAAGAUGGUCUUAAAGGCUUUGCAUUCUCUGCAUUAAAGUUCAUUGUUGGGAAGGAAGAGAUUCCAGCCCACUCUGGCACAGCAGAGCAAAGCUGCACUGUGUCUGCUAAUAGGACAGCUGCGAUAGAGACGGAGAAUUCACAGGCUCCUGCCAGAAGCUCUAGGAGGAAAACUGUGGUAGCCUACACCAGGAAACUGUUAGAUUCAAUAUGUAAACAGGGUCCAAGACACAGAUGUUGCAAACAUCAUCAAGACAACUGCAUUUCCUACUGCAUUAAAGGAUUUGUCAGGAUGUUCAGUGUUGGCUACCUGAUCCAGUGUUGUCUUCGGGUGCCUUCAGCAUUCAGGCAGAUGUUCUCCAAACCCUCACGGCUUCCUUCUCUCUUCUAUAACAAAGAGAACUUCCAGCUGGGAGCAUUUCUAGGAUCAUUUGUCAGCAUCUAUAAGGGAACCAGCUGCCUGCUGCGCUGGCUGCGAAACAUUGACGAUGAACUCCACGCACUGAUAGCCGGUUUCCUGGCUGGUAUGUCCAUGUUCUUCUACAAAAGCACAACAAUAUCCAUGUACCUCUUCUCCAAGCUGGUGGAGACCAUGUAUUUCAAAGGCAUCGAGGCUGGACGGUUCCCAUACUUUCCCCAUGCAGACACAAUCUUAUACGCCAUCUCCACCGCCAUCUGUUUCCAAGCUGCUGUGAUGGAAGUGCAGAACCUCAGGCCUUCGUAUUGGAAGUUCCUGCUGCGUUUGACUAAGGGCAGGUUUGCUCUGAUGAACAGACAGUUGCUAGAUGUGUUUGGCACUCAGGCUUCCAGGGACUUUAAAGGAUUUGUUCCCAAUUUGGACCCUCGAUUCACCACCGUGCUUCCACCGGUGACCGACAUCCUUCUUGGAUGAAUCAGGACCAGGCUCUGGGAGGGGCUGUAGGGUUACCUCAUUAAGAAAUGGACAGUUUGCCUAUUGCUUUUCAGAAACUUGAAGAAUUUUUCAAGCGUUAUGCCUCUGACGUAACAUUGGGAAUGAUUUGUUCUAAGAUAAGAUGUACUCUGAAGAAUUUCAAAGCCCAAGAUCUCUAGCAAAAUAGAGGUAAGUCCUAAAGAGACCACAGAUAGGCAUACUAUAGAAAAUGUCCAUGUAGGCUGUUAAUUUAUAUUUGUUGUUGCUUUGUCAAGAUCACAUGGAUGGAUCUACAUGGUGUGUUGGUAGGGUAGAUACACACCUACACAAAUAACAAAAACAAAAUGACUAGUCAAUAAAUAAAAUUGACUCUACUCAAAGUAGAUUGAUGCAACAUUCCCUUUUAAUGUAUUUGUGAUGUUUCUUCACUCUGUUGCCUGCAGCUUGAUACUGACUGAUGUUUGUUAUUUGGAUGGUUAAUUUCACAUCCAAAGGUAAAACACACUCACAAGGCACGGUGGUAUUUAAUGUUUGACUCAGAUUUAGGAGGACAAUGAAAUUGAAAGUAUUACUUCCUGAUCAUUUCAUGUGUAUUUUUAUAACAGUGUGUGCACUCACAUGUUAUUCUGUAGCAGGAAAUGGAAAAUAUCUCUAAAAAUGUGACCUUCAAAGAUUUAUAAAAUACAUAAUUUUAACUUUUACAUUUUUUCAGAACGUCAUAGCCUUUUUUUUAUGCAAAUUCACAUUUUUCACACUAAAACAUUUUCUCUCUUUAGUUUACAGUGGUGAUAGCAAAGAGCAACAUUUAUAGAUAUUUAAGAAUGUUAAAGAAAGCACAGACCAAGAUUAAGUUAAUUUAUAUUAACUGGGGAAAAUUCCCCAAUUACAGCUGAGGGGAACCACACAUCCACUGGUUGUUUACUAGUAAAUUGUACUGUGACUUCUUUACACAAGCAGUCAGGCUAUUUGAAUGUUAAGGUAGUAUCAUACACUACAUAUAUGCAGAACUCUAACCAGGUUUUCAAGACAUCUCUCACCCUAUUCAUAAUUACAUGUACAGUGUGAGUGGUCGGCAGAGAACAUCUGUUUGCCAUCAUGCUUGAGUCUGAACUUCACUUGUGGCCUGCUUUCAACUUUUCAAAUAGAUGUUUUCAAUUAAUUUAUUUCAGAUUCAGGAUAAGAGUUUUUAAAAUUAAAGUUCUAAACUAGAAAAAAUGUUGCCCACCGAUAUUUCACAAGUGAGUGUUUCAGUAAUAUGUGAUUGUGUCACUAAAGUGAAAAAUGAUGUUGAUUGACUUUAAAUAAUAAUGUUUAAAAGCAUAUUCUAUUGUUUACACAAACUAAGUGUAUUAAACAAUAAUUCACUGAAUAAAACAACGCAGCUCAACUCAUUCUCUGCCUUUUGAAAAUCAUACUGUUUCGUCUUCAGUUCUUAAUUAAACCAUUAGGGAUGCUCUGUUUCUGAUGUGAACACAAUUAGCUUAGGCCAGCUUAGGCACACCGACCUCCACCAGAAGCCAUGUUUGAAAAAUAAAAAAAAAUUAAAGUAGAGGGUGAACGACUCAAGCCAAAGAGUUAACAAUGGUUGUAGUGCAUACAUGUAUGUUUAAUUCGUGUAAAAAGAAUAUAUAAUAAAAUUUAUUUUGUUUCAACUUA